AUGAGCAAUAAUGGUUAUAAUAAUAAUGAUGAUGAUGAUGAUAUGAUGCUCAAUUUUGCAACACCUGUUGCAUCUCAUCCGGCCACAAUUACCACCAAAUCCGACUUGAGUGUCAGAGUCAGCGGUGGAAGGUGGAAAGAUCGAAGGAGGUUACAGUUGGCGUUACUGGGGAGAACCAAGGAGAAAUCAAAGCCAACGCCAAAAGGACCCAAUAGCACACCUAUAGACGUUGAAAAGGCUCAAAAGCGGAAAUUCAACCACAGCGAAAGAGAGAAGCCAAAAAAGCUGCUGCUGCUGAUGCUGCUGCUGCUGCUGCAGAAUGAUUCGAGUGCAUACAAGAGACCAAAAGUGGCAGAAAAGGGGUCCCACGGAGCCAAAAAAGACGACUCGCAUGUAUCUUCACUAUUCACAAAUAACGUCGUCUCAUCACAGCUUGGAACGACAAAAAAGGAGACGGGAGAGGGGAAGGAGGAGCAAGAGAAAACGUAUGCGGCAUCAAAUGCUCCCGUGAAAGGUGCCAGUACAUUUGCGGGACUCGGUCUCAAUGAUAGGCUAUCAGCUCAAUUACUUGACCACUUGAGGUUCAAGUACCCCACGCAGAUCCAGAAAUCCGUAGUGCCCGAGCUCCUCACGUCGCAGAACGACUUGUUCGUGAAGGCACAAACCGGGUCAGGGAAAACCAUGGCAUUUGUGCUUCCGAUUUUCCACAAGCUAAUGGUCGAGGAGAAGCACAGGAUUGGGAGAGAUUCCGGAGUCUUUGCCAUAAUCUUGACUCCAACGAGGGAGUUGGCGAACCAGAUCUACUCCGUGUUGGAGAAUUUAAACCGGUGUUGCCCCUUCAUUGUUCCCGGAAUUGUGAUUGGUGGAGAGAAAAAGAAGAGCGAAAAGGCCAGGAUCAGGAAAGGGAUCAAUAUUCUAGUGGCAACACCCGGUCGUUUAGCAGAUCAUUUGGAAAAUACAAAGUCCUUGGACAUUGGGCAGUUGCGGUACCUAGUGUUGGAUGAGGGCGAUAAGUUGGUCGAGUUGGGAUUCGAGGAGACCAUCACCAAAAUCACCAAGUUGAUAGACGACAGAUCGGAUAUUGCUUCGACUACACAGAAAUGGCAGGGCUUGCCCACACGAAGAAUCAACAUUCUCUGCUCGGCAACUUUGCAAAACAACGUGGAAAAACUUGGGAGUAUCAUAUUGGACCACCCAAAGAUGAUAGCCGUGGAUAGAGAAGUUGAAGGCACGGUUCUCUUUUCUGAUGAUCACGAUAAUUAUGAUGGUGAUGGUAAUGCUUUGGCAACUCCAUCGAGCAGCAACACCAAUGGCGCAACCAACCAGCAUGAGUCAUUUGCCCCCGAGCAGCUUGUUCAGAAUGUGGUCAUUGUGCCUCCAAAGUUGAGACUCGUUUCCCUAAACGCUUCCUUGACCAAUGUCGCGAGGGAAAUUGGCGAAAGCCAGCCAGGGCACCCUUCUCGAAGCAUGGUCUUCUUUUCGUGUUCCGACUCGGUCAACUAUCACUUUGAGCUCUUUACCAGGGAUGGCAAAACGUUUAAAAAGAUAAAGGAUGCCGAGACCGGAAAAUCAACGUCUAUAUUGGUGGACAAAGAGGACGCCAUGGAUGAAGAAGACGACAUUGACAUUGCCGAGAUUACUGCACCUUUGAUUCAUGAAAACACUCUCAUUUACAAGCUUCACGGGUCACUAUCCCAACAAACGAGAACCAACAUCUUGAAAAACUUUGUCAAGGACGACGCGCGGUUCCCUCACAAGGUUUUGUUUUGUACUGAUGUUGCAUCGAGAGGUUUAGACUUGCCAAACAUUUCCAACGUUAUCGAAUUCGAUGCUCCCUUCACUGUCGAUGACCAUUUACACAGGGUGGGGCGGUCGGCCAGGGUUGGUAACCAAGGUACUGCCACUCUUUACUUGACUCCUGGUCUCGAGGAAGGAUACAUUGAUGCAAAGUUGAAAGUUGUACACCCGAGAAAGGGAGGCAUUCGUUUGCUCAACUAUGAAAAAGCAUUGCAGCAAGCAUUUGCCGAAAAGGAUGCGUUGGGAAAGAAAAACAAGCACAACAAAGUCGGGAACUGGGACGUUCAUGCAACCACAUGGCACUUGGAAGUUGAACGGUGGUUGUUGGAGGACUCGGAUGCCUUGGCAAAAGCGAGCCAGGCAUUCACAUCGCACAUCAGAGCUUAUGCCACGCACUUGUCCACCGAGCGAAACUUCUUCAAUGUCAAAUUGUUGCAUUUGGGGCACUUGGCUAAAAGUUUUGGUUUGAGGGAAACCCCAAAGAGUUUAGGUAGAAAAUCCGGUAAAGUCAACGACAACACUCAUGGUGGUGAAACGCGGCGGUCAACAAAGAAAGAAGACCCAAGAAAGAAAAUGUUGCGUAUGGCUAAAAUGGCUGUGAAAUCAGCCAGUAGCGAAUUCAACUACUAG